ACAUCCAGUAGCUGCAAGCGUCCAUUAACUUUCAACCAGCAUGCUGCUCUUUUUAUCACUUCUGGGAUUGGCGACAUGCUCACAAUUCAGGGGAUUUACUUGGAUGCGGUCAUUAUCGAAACCCCCAGCCGUGAGCAGCUACGAAUAUGAAGUGAAGUACAUUGAUGUCUUGCUGGACCAUUUCACCUUUGUAGAUGGCCGCACGUUCCAGAUGAAGUACCUCAUUUCCAAAAAAUUCCACGUUGCUAAUGGACCGAUAUUCUUUUAUGCUGGAAACGAGGGCGCAAUUGAAACGUUCGCCGAAAAUUCGGGCUUUAUUUGGGAGAAAUCAGAAGACCUGAAGGCUGCCGUUGUUUUCGCUGAGCAUAGGUUUUAUGGGAGUUCCUUACCUUUCGGAAAUGACUCAUUCAAAGACGCACAACACUUUGGUUAUUUGACCGCGGAACAGGCCAUAGCGGAUUAUGCAUGCCUCAUCCAAUCUCUUCGCGUUUCCGAUGAAGCUUUCAAGAAUUCCCCGGUUAUUGCUUUCGGUGGCUCCUACGGGGGUAUGCUGGCAGCCUGGUUUCGAAACAAGUAUCCUAAUUUGAUUGCUGGUUCCGUUGCAGCAUCUGCUCCCGUCUGGUUGUUCCCCAACAUGUCUGACUGUGGCGGAUUCUAUCGGAACGCAACGAAUGCUUUCGCUCUUUCUGGUGGCGAACAUUGCACACAGAACAUCCGAGCAGUGUGGAAAAGCAUUCGGAAAGUUGCCGAAGGCCCAUCCGGUCUGCAGCUGCUCCGGGCAAUUUUCGUACUUUGUGAUCCGCUUCUCGAUGCCCAGCAGUUGAUCGACUACUUGGUGGAUUACUUUGGAACUGUGGCGAUGGUGAAUUACCCAUACCCCGCCUCUUUUAUUGGCACAAUGCCUGCCAAUCCAGUGGCGUUUAUGUGCAAAUCAUUGGACACCUUCGAUCCCGAUGAACCGGAUGUAGAUAUCGUGCGCCGUGUAGCUUCUGCCGUACGAAGCCUUGUGAAUUAUACGAAAGACGUAACAUGUGUGCCGAUUUCGAGCAACUCUUCAGCUUUGAGUGAGGCGGGAUGGGACCUACAGACAUGCCUCGAAAUGACCACUCCAAUGUGUGCCGACGGGGUGAAAGAUAUGUUUCCCGCUUCCGAUUGGGAUCCUGAAGCAUUUUCUGAGUCAUGCAACAAAAGGUUCGGAGUUCGUCCGCGCAUGGAUUGGUCAAAUGUGCAGUUCUGGGGCAAACAUCUUCACACCGUUUCCAACGUUGUCUUCAGUAACGGAGAUUUGGACCCUUGGUCUGCAUUCGGUGUGUUGAACACGGAUUACGCUCCGUCGGCCUACGUGAUCCGUAUUCCCAGUGGAGCACAUCACUUGGAUUUGCGUGCCGCGGAUGAACGUGACCCACAGGAUGUGAUUGAUGCGAGACUGCAAAUUUUGGGCCAAAUUAAGAAAUGGAUUGACGAGUGGAACGCACAAUCGCAUAUCUGAGGGUUCUAUUUUCCAACCCAGAAGAUCAGCUGACCAAACGAAUCAUUUUCCUCCCUACUUUAAUAUGACGUUUUCAGGCAGAGGACGAAUUUGAUUAUUUUCUCUGGUUUUUUUUAUCUCCUGAGUGUAUUGGAAUGCACCCUCGAGAGAUGUCGCCGCAUUUUACCAACACCUGAUAUUACAUGAUUUUGGCAACAAAAUGUUUCAUUCACCCCAUUCUUUCCUGAUUCCGCCUAUUCUUUUCGAACUUGACUCUACUUGCUACUUCGGUCUAUUUUGUGCAUCAGCUCAAUUUAGCACCCUAAUGGUGCUUUUUUGCCUCUGUCUUUCUAAUUUGAAUAUUUAUAUUGUUUUUGGGCGAUCAU